AUGUUCAUUAUCUUAUUUACAUGUUUAUUAUCCUCUGUGCAUGUUCAUUAUCCUCUUUACACGUGCAUUAUCUUCUUUACAUGUUCAUUAUCCUCUCUACAUGUUCAUUAUCUUCUUUACAUGUUCAUUAUCUUCUUUUCAUGUUCAUUAUCUUCUUUACAUGUUCAUUAUCCUCUUUACAUGUUCAUUAUCUUCUUUACAUGUUCAUUACAUGUUCAUUAUCUUCUUUACAUGUACAUUAUCUUCUUUACAUGUUCAUUAUCUUCUUUACAUGUUCAUUAUCCUCUUGACAUGUUCAUUAUCCUCUUUACAUGCUCAAUAUCUUAUUUACAUGUUCAUUAUAUUCUAUACAUAUUCAUUAUCUUCUUUACAUGUUCAUUAUCUUCUUUACAUGUUCAUUAUCUUCUUUACAUGUUAAUUAUCCUAUUUACAUGUUCAUUAUCCUCUUUACAUAUUCAUUAUCCUCUCAACACGUUUAUUAUCCUCUUUACAUGUUCAUUAUCUUCUUUUCAUGUUCAUUAUCCUCUUUAUAUGUUCAUUAUCUUCUUUACAUGUUCAUUAUCUUCUCAACAUGUUCAUUAUCUUUUUUACAUGUUCAUUAUCUUCUUUACAUGUUCAUUACAUGUUCAUUAUCUUCUUCACAUGUUCAUUAUCUUCUUUACAUGUUCAUUAUCUUCUUUACAUGUCCAUUAUCUCUUACACAAAUUCUUGCUAUGUUUUGUUUUCUUUUAUUUUCUUUCAUUAUCUCAUACUCAUGUAACGUAA